AUGGCGACUCGUGAUGGCGGUAUCAAGUCAUCAUCUAUUAACGGUGUAAAAAUGUACACAAUAGCUUCACAGCAACCCUCACUUGCUUCAUGGGUUCCAACAAAGAAGCAGCAAUCUCACCGCCCUGUCAAAAGUUAUACUCAAAACGUGCAGCUUAUUGAAGACUUGAGGUUCACUACUGCAACAACAAAGAUUAAAGCAACUCCUGAUGGCGAGUUUGUCAUUGCUUCAGGUAUAUAUCCGCCGCAAGUAAAAGUGUAUGAGGUAAGGGAGCUGGGACUAAAGUUUGAAAGACAUUUGGAUUCAGAGAUCAUUGAUUUUCAGGUUUUAUCUGAUGACUAUUCAAAACUUGCAUUUUUAUGUGCUGAUCGCUCUGUUAAUCUACAUGCAAAAUAUGGAAAGCACUACAGUUUGCGAAUUCCAAGGAUGGGAAGGGAUAUUACUUAUGACGAUUGGUCUUGUGACUUGCUUUGUGCCGCCUCUUCCCCGGACCUGUACAGAAUCAACUUAGAGCAGGGGCGAUUUCUCUCCUCCCUUAAUACACAAUCCCCUGCAUUGAAUGUAGUUUGUCGAAGCAAGCUACAUGGAUUAGUUGCCUGUGGGGGUGAAGAUGGUGCUGUGGAAUGCUUUGACACACGAGUGAGAUCUUCUGUUGGUAGAAUUGAUGCUGUCGGACCUAGUGGUGAUGUUGACCAGGAGGUCACAGCACUAGAGUUUGAUGGUGACGGGGGCUUCUUAAUGGCUGUUGGAAGUAGUGCAGGAAAGGUACUCAUCUAUGACUUGCGCUCAUCAAUUCCUGUACGAAUACAGGAUCAUAUGUAUGGCAGCCCCAUUUUGGAUAUUAAGUGGCAUCGUACUCUUAACUUUGAACGACCAAUGUUGAUUACCAGUGAUAAUCAUGUCGUUCGAAUAUGGGAUCCUGACACGGGAGAGGGCUUAACCAGCAUUGAACCAACCACAGGAGCAAUAAAUGAUGUGUGUACAUUUCCUGGUAGUGGUUUGAUCCUGUUGGCCUUGGAUUGUAGCCAAAUACCAUCUUACUUCAUACCAUCCCUCGGACCUGCUCCUAAGUGGUGUUCUUCUCUAGAAAAUUUCACAGAGGAGCUAGAGACGAGUGGACAAACAACUAUUUAUGAUAAUUACCAAUUUUUGACCAAGGAGGAGCUUGACAGGUUAAAUUUGACGCAUCUGAUUGGCACCGAUGUACUUAGAGCCUGCCUGCACGGCUACUUUAUUAAUUAUGCAUUAUACAAAAAGGCAAAAACUUUGGCGGAUCCUUUUGAAUUUGAAGCUUAUUAUGAACAGCAUAAGCGAGAUAAAUUAGAAGCUGAACGGGCCUCAAGAAUUACGAUCAAGAGAAAAUUACCCAAAGUUAAUCGGGCCCUUGCAGCUCGCCUGAUUGAAACUGAAGAUACUGAAAAUGAGAAGAGAGAUGAUGUUAAAGAGAAUGAACCUAAAAAAUCAUCCAAGAAAAAGAAAGGGCUUAGCAUGCAAGAUCUUGAAGAUGACAGAUUUAAAGAUAUAUUUGAUAAUAAGGAAUUUGAGAUUAAUGAGAACUCUGAAGAAUAUCUGGCGUUGCAUCCCAUGGGUGCUAAAAAGCAAACAUCCUUGUUAACAGAGCAUUUUGAACCUGUGUCUGAUGAUGAUCAAAGUCUUGGUGAAGAUGAUGCAUCAUCGGAAGAUGAACCUGCAAAUAAAACAAAUGAGAAAACUCGAGUUCCAAGGAUGUAUGAAAUUAAGAAUGAGCAGCAUGCAGAGGCAUUCUGGAGCCAAAAAUCACUUGCAGCUGAGGAAUCACUUCCUAUGGGAGAUAGAGUGGCAGCUCUAAAAGAUGACCGAAGAACCUCUAAUAUUCCACGAGGUGUUAAGCAGGGUCCUGGAGGAUCACGGGAAAUAACCUUCACUUCAAGAAACAAAGCAACAUACAACGAAGAUGACGUAGUUAAAGUGGAUCCCCGGAAAAAGAGGGGAGUUCAAUCAUUGGGGCUCAAGCCCCAGGGAUCAGGGUUUAAUGGUCGUGGUCGCGGUCGCGGUGGUGGUCGUGGCCGUGGCAGAGGGGGCCGUGGGCAUGGCAGAGGAGGACGUCGAUAG